ACUCAUUUAAAUGCGUAUAUAAUAGAAUGUUUUUCAUAGCAAUAACCAUUAAUACACCAUAUUAUAGGUAGGUACCUAACUACCUAUGUAGAAAAAUUGUUUGUUGCAAAUUUCUAAAUUAUAGUCGACCGUAGAUUUUUGAAAAAAAAAAAUUGCUGAGAGCUUGAAUAACUCUCGAGAGUUUUUAAAAUGAUGCUUGGGAUUAAGAUUGGUUUCAUUUUUAUGGCAAUAUGUUGCAUUCAGUAUCUUUCUGCUCAAGAAGCGUAUUUGCCAUUCAGUUCAAAACCGUUCAAUAAUACGACGCCGGUACCCAUCAAUAUUGAUACCAAUGGGUCUCAACGAAACAGUUGUGUUGCAAAAUAUUGGAACUGCAGUGGAGGCAUUAUUAGCCUCACCUUUCACUUCAACCAUUGUUUUGGGCGGUGGUGUGGCUUAUAAUGACAUCUACGUAUUCAACAGACAAAAGUAUUUUUUCGCAAAUAGAACGGGUGCAUUCACUGGUACUACAAUAGAUGGGGGAAACGGAGCACAACUUGAAACAGCUUUGAUUUAUACUAAUAUUAAAUACGGACCACUUCAAGAAGCCAUGAAAUACCGCGAUGGUGUAUUUGAAAUCGUUACUCUUAUAAGAGUGGGCGAAUGUGAUCUGAAUGAAGAAUUUGAAGAAUUUGCAAAAUAUUUGCAAUAUAUUUCCGAACCGGGAAGUGCAAUAGAAAUGCCUAUAGUUCCAACAUGGCAAUUUUAUAACCAUUUCCCCACAAAUCAGCAGUAUUACGCUAUGCCAGGAGCCUAUGUCAAUGAUACCACAGGAGAACAAAUUUACUGUUCCACUUUACUGAUUAUACCAGUUACUCCUACCGUGUGUAUAACAGAAAGACAGUUCGAUGAAACAUUUGGACGCAUAAAGGAUCAGAAUGGAAGACAAUCUGAUACUUCAAUUCAACUAUAUCCUGCUGGAGAUAGACCCGUUGUGUCGACCGAAGGCAUCGUGAAAAUUACUGUUCCCCUCAACAUAGUUCCUUCUGUUGGAGGAUAUGAUAAUUCUACAGCUCCUUAUAUUGGAGGUAAUGAUAAUUCUACAGUUCCUUCUAUUGGGGGAUAUGAUAAUUCUACAGUUCCCUCUAUCGGAUAAUAUGAUUCUGAGCAGUAUUUUAUUCGUGCAGAUUAAAACAUACCUUGGAUUUUCAGAUUUUGGUUAAAUUCAAGGAUGGGCUAUACUGAAUUUAAGGGGAUACUUAUUCCCUUAACUUAUACUUUAGCUUGGUUUAUACUGAAUUUAACGUCCGUUAACCUAAAAUUUGCCUUUGUUUAACUUCUAGGGUUAAGUUUAAGUUUACGGUUAAAUUCAGUAUAGCCCCUCCUUAACAGUAACAUUUUAUGCUAUAAAUUGAACUCGUCUGAACCUUUAAUCUCCAAGAGGGAGACUGUGAUUCGAUCAAAUUGAGGAAGAUUUUCGAAAAUAAAAUUUUCCAGAUUUUUGAAAUAUGUAGUACUGGGCAUAUGAUAGAUAUGUAGCUACAUUAGAGUGGAUAACCCCCAAAAAAAGUCGGCGGAUUUUGAUCAAAUUCAGCAAAGACCUUCAUUUCGAGUUGGAAGUGUCACUCAGAAAAAGUGAAUUUUUUUCGGUUUUUUGAAAUUGGCAAUAUCUAAUUACCAAAAAACAUUAGCACUAUUGCGUUCCAAAAUAUUUCUCUAGGUUGGGUAGAAGAUAGAACGAAAACGAAAAAUCCGUAAUUUUUUAAGAGUGCCUUCUCUUAAUGACCCAUAUCAGCCUUCCAGGGGCAUUUUAGAAGCAAAUUUUUUUCUGCGUGGUUUUCAAAGCAAAAUGAAGGUCUCUACCGCUGACUUUGGCCCAAAUUUGCCUACUUUUUUUUCACAAUCUCCCUUAAUGUAGGUAUAUUUAUGUAGAUGCCUACCUAGCUCACUUCCUUGAACAUUAAAUACCAUUUACUUACUCAUUCUCCUGCACCGACGGAAAGGAUUAAAAAGCAUACAAAUUAUUUUGAUUUAUUUCAUUAAAUUCAAAUUAUUUAUCUGAUACGUGGACUUGAAAUUAUGUACCUGCACUUUCUGUAGAGUCAAAGGAAAGUUAUUUUGUACGGAAUAUUUCAUUUAUUCAAAGUAUAGUGAAUACAGAUCAAAUCCGAGGUAUAAUUUAAAAAAAAAUAAUUGAUUAUUGUAUAUUCUAGUUUAUGAGAGUACUUACUACAUAGCCUGUCUUAAGGAUUAUUCGUUUAAUUAUUCAAAAUUCAUCUUAUGAAAUUUUAUUUACCUAUAGGUAUAUUAAUUUUAUCUUUAUUAAGUACAUAUGUAUAAUAAUUAAUGGAAAAUUCUAAACACUAUGGUGAUGAUGUACCUACACUAGGGUAGAGGUAGACCUUAUUUUCUACUGUACCAAAAAUUAAUGUGUUUUUUUUUAUCGGGAGGCCUCCUAGAAAUGUUCAUUUUGGUGAAAUAAUGAAGUCCUGAAAGUUUCAACUCAAAAAACUAAUUUUAACCCACCACGAUAUUAGGCAACUUCAAUCGCUUUAAGACGCGGAUUAAAAUAAUUUUUUCGUCUUGAAAACUUUCAUGGGUGUUCUUUCUAAAUGAACAUAUUAAGGGGGCCCUCGAUAAAAAAAAUUUACUUUGAAAAAUAAGGACUAUCCUAAAAUGUACAAUUUGAGUAGGUAUACAGUUGCAAUGAUUUUAUUCACUUUUUUACAUUUUAUUAUAAUUAAUUAAUUAUUAUUAAAUAGGUACAUUCUACUGUCCAUAAUAGCGUGAAUUGACAGAAUUGUGAACUUUUCAAUAAAAAUUCAAACAACUUCGAAA